AUGCCCCACCGCUACCUCCCCCAAACCUCCCCCCUCCUGACUCUCUCCCCCACAUCAACCCUCACCUACCUAACCAACGCCCUCGAAGACAUAAUCUCCAACUUUCCCCCGCGCAACCGCUACCCCUCGGAAUUCCUCCACGGCCUGUGGAGCGGCCCAACCGGCAUCGCCUACCUCCUGCUGCAAGUCUCCUCACGCAAACCCGAGCUCACCAUCGCCGGACGUACCGUGAAGGACUGGGCCCGCGCAUACAUCGGUUCCACACCCGCCUCGCGGGGGCAUAACCUCCGUCUGGGGUCGCAUGGGUGUGGGAUUGGGGAUGAAAGGUUGGCUUAUGAGGCUGUGAGGUGCUCUGUGUUCGCUGGGGAGGAUUCCGACACCGAUCGACAAAAUGUAAAGACGUUCGUGAGGAGCGUCAUGCAAAUCAUGGAUGCGGUCUCCGAAUAUCCUGAUGAACUGCUUUACGGCCGCGCCGGUACGCUCUACCUGCUACGUAUGGUGCGUACGUGGGUGUCCGGCUGUGAUGAUCUGAUUGGGCCUGCGAUUGUGGAGGUUGAAAAUGCCAUGCUGGGGAAUGCACCCAACUGGAAGUGGCGGGGAAAGAGGUAUUUGGGGGCAGCACACGGAGAUAUCGGGAUUGUGACGCAGUUGGUUCUAACGUCGCCUGAGCUGGCGCCCAGACUUGAGGAUACCUUGUCCCGGUUGCUGGAGAUGCAAAGGGAGGAUGGGAAUUGGCCUAGUUCCGAGGAGGCGGCGAGUCUGGGGGGCGGGAAGGGGCUGGUGCAGUUCUGCCAUGGAGCGCCGGGGUUUGUGACGUCGCUUUUGAGCCUGAGAGAGUUUUUCCCGAACCUGCACGAUAAGAUUGAUGCGGCAGUGGAGAGGGGCAGGGAAUGCAUUUGGCAGCAGGGGCUGCUUAAGAAGGAGCCGUGUUUGUGCCAUGGGAUCUUUGGGAAUGCAUUAACCCUCGCUCGCGGCGAAAAGCGCGACCACUUCCUGGCCGUCGCCGUCCCAGAGAAUGUGGCGCGCCUGAAGGCCCAGGACCCGACUGUAUUUGAGCGUGCCGACUAUGGUCGGUCGUACUCCCUGACUACGAGCUACACGCCGUCAGCGGUGUGGACGUGGCUGGUUGCUGGGGAUGAGAGCCCGAGUAUUCUGGCGUACAAUGACAUUUAA